CUGGCUCGUGAUUUGUCUGCUGAGCAGGCCCGGAGGCCACGGGCAGCCCGGCAAUGGGGACGCUGCUCUGUCCCCACUGUCCCCACUGACCCCACACACGCUGCAGGUCAGUGCCCAGCACCGGGAGAAGCCUUUCCAGGGGUCAAGCCCGGCUCCCAUCCCUCUGCUCCUGGCGUUUGUGCCGUGUCGCUCCGGCUGCCCGGUCCCGUUGGAGCGGGAUGAAGCUGCUGCCUCCCCUCGCCUUCCUGGCCACGCUUGUGGUGGCCCUGGCGCACCCUGACCCUGCGCUGGACUGGCACUGGCAGCUCUGGAAGAAGACCCAUGGCAAGGAGUAUCGCCACGAGAAGGAGGAAUGGGAUCGACGCGAGACUUGGGAGAGGAACCUGCGCCUGGUGACGCUGCACAACCUGGAGCACUCCCUGGGGCUGCACUCCUACACGCUGGGCAUGAACCACCUGGGGGACAUGACCAGCAAGGAGGUGGCAGCUUUGUUAACGGGGCUCAGCAUCGCUCCCCGAUCCCGGCGCAUCUCCGCAUCCCGCCCGCAGCCCCGCAGCCGCCUCCCGGACACGGUGGAUUGGAGGGAGCAGGGAUGCGUCACGGAUGUGAAGAACCAGGGCGCCUGCGGCUCGUGCUGGGCCUUCAGCGCCGUGGGAGCGCUCGAGGCGCAGGUGAAGCUGAAGACGGGGACCUUGGUGUCGUUGAGCACCCAGAACCUCGUGGACUGCUCCGUGCCGCAGGGGAACCGGGGCUGCAGCGGCGGGCUCAUGACCAGAGCCUUCCAGUACAUCAUCGACAACGGCGGCAUCGACUCCGAGCAGUCCUACCCCUACAAGGCUGAGAACGGGACGUGCCAAUACAACGCUUCCGCACGGGCUGCCACUUGCUCCAAGUACAUUGAGCUGCCCUAUGCUGAUGAAGAAGCUCUCAAAGAUGCUGUGGCCAAUGUUGGACCAGUUUCUGUUGCCAUUGAUGCCACCCAGCCCACCUUCUUCUUGUACAAGUCAGGGGUGUACGAUGACCCCCAGUGCUUACAGGAGGUGAACCAUGGGGUGCUCGUCAUCGGCUACGGCACCCUGGAGGACAAGGAUUACUGGCUAGUGAAAAACAGCUGGGGCGUGCUCUUCGGAGACGAGGGCUACAUCCGCAUGGCAAGGAACCACUCGAACCAUUGUGGGAUCGCCAGCUAUGCCUCCUACCCCCUCAUCUAGACACGGCAUUCCUGAGGGAUCCACCUCAGGAUCUACCCCAGGAUAUCCACCACCCCAGAACUACCGACCUCAAGAACCACUUUGUGCCCCUGUGGGCAGCGAUCAGCCUGUUGCAGGCUGGGAGGGAGCCUUUGCAUGGGAGGAUGCUGGGAUGCGAUUUAUAGGCACUUGGGGACUUCUUUUGGGGGGAAAGUGGGGUUGUUUGGGGGUUUCAGAGCAGAAUUGUGGGACCCCCAGCUCAAACAGAGGUUGCCCACAAUGGAAACCAUGCUCCCCUCUCUCCAGUUCAGCCCUGGGUACGAUGACACUGGAAUCACUCCCUCUCUGGGCAAUGCUGAUGCAAUUGCAGACGUUCUUUGAGAAAUAAAAGAUCACUUUUGCUGUUCAAUA